UCCAACGUUGAAUAGGGACGGUACUCUUUAGGGAGGUAGCAAAACUUCAGCUAAACAUGUGCUCGUAAGUGCAUUCCACGGAAGGAUUCCCACUUCAUUUCUUAUUCUAAAGAUGAUUUGCAAGUUCUGGCUUGACAACGGUUAGUGGGUGAUAAUGGUGAACUUUUAGUGACAAAUAGCCGUUGAUGUGAUUUCUGUUAUUAUCAAUUUGAAAAGUGUCUACAGUGGAAUAAUUUCAUUUCGGCCAUUGGUUCCAGUUCAAACCACAUAUUUCCAAUGAAGCGAAAGUUAAAAUUUCAUCUAACUUCAUAUCAAGACAUGCGUGAACUCUCUAUCAUGACAUUUUCAUAUGUCACUAUCCUAGCACUGUGCUUCCUUGGCGUCCAUAGUCAACCUCAACUUAACUACUCGGAAGUACAGAAUCUUGGAAAAAGCUGUCCUCCGGUGGAUAGUUGCGAUUAUCAAAAGUCAACACGUAGCAGAGAACUCAUUCCUCUUAAAGAAAGAAACUGUGCAUGUGAUUACUUAUGCUUUGAAUAUGGAGAUUGCUGCAUUGACGCACCUGGAAACGCUGUAACAAAUGUUUCCACUGGUUUCAAUUGUUAUCAGCUGCGACAGUUUGGAGGAGUGUUCAUGAAAGAUUCUUGUUCGCCUGCUUAUAAUGGAUAUGACAUCAUCAGACAUCUAUGCGAAGAGUCCAAUCCAAGAAAUCUCUCGGAUCCUCUAGGUUCUAUGCCUGUUACAGAUUCAUUAACUGGGGUGACUUAUAAAAACUAUUAUUGCAGCAUAUGUAAUGACAAAAUCGAUAAUAUUGUUAUCUGGACUCCUAGACUGGAAUGUCCAACUCUCACUCUAUACAAUUCUUCCCAUAACUUAACUCAGGAAUAUGUAUUUCAAAAUUUGGAUACUGAUGGGAAGAACUGGGGAUUAUACUUAGAUGGCGAUCAAGGGUCAAUGUUUUUCCAUGACUGUGAAGUAGAUCCUGUAAUGCCCGUGUUAUUGGAGAGUAAAAUUCGCUUAUGUAAGCCUAAUCUCGUUGAAGAGUGUCCAGAAGACUGGGAAGACGAUGAUGUCAGAACCAUGUGCCGGUCUUAUAUGGCUGUCAGAUUUAUCCAUGGCGAUAGAGGAUUUCGAAAUCCACAUUGUGCUCUUUGCAAUCAUAAGAAUGUUAGUCAUCUCUCUUGCCAGUCGAGAGAAUUCAGGGAUUUUCAAUUCUUCCGUCAGUUUGAGCGGCAUGCGUUCUCUCUUCUGCUUGAUAUCAAUGAAAUGAGAGGGCAAGAAGUUGGAUUAUUUCAAAUCUGUGAAGAAGGAGAUGUUUACGAUCCGUUUUUUAAAAAGUGCCGAAGUUUGUCAUGUCUUCCUGGAUUUGUCAAAACUGAAGGACAGUGUGUUCCAAGGAUUGUGCCAUCUGAGCAACCUGACUUUUCUCAUAGUAAUAAAACUUUUAAAUUGAUUUUAGAUUCGCCAGUGGAGAAAAAUAUUUCUGAUGAACUUCAAAAUGAUGGUCCGACAUUCAAUAGCUCAGAAAUUAUGCCUGGCUUUGAGAAUAUAUCUGGUAUAUCUUUCAAUUUGUCAGCAUUAGAUUAUGGUAGCCCGCACGGGAAAGAAAUUGCUAAAUAUCAGAACUGUUUAUUGAUAUCUCUUGUUGAUGAAGAUUAUGUAAUGCUUCCUAACAAAAGUAUAUAUGUGCCGAAAUAUGACAAAAUAUAUGAACCUACUGCCUAUCAUACAGCCGAUGGCUCAGUUCUUGUGUGUAGCCAUUUUGAGACUGAAAACAAUGAAAAGUUUGGGCCCUCUAUGGGUUAUGUGACGAUAAUUGGCUUAGGUUUAUCUAUGUUUUGCUUGCUUUUGCACUUCAUUGCAUUCUGUAUUGUCCCUGAUCUUCAAAAUCUUUCGGGGAAAAAUUUAGUUUCGCAAUGCAUUGCUCUUUUUCUGGCCUACUGUUGUUUUAUCAUUGGUCAGUUCAAUUCUUUGAGUUUUACAUCAUGCACAGCCGUAGCAUUCUUAACUUUCUAUUUCUUUCAAGUGUCAUUCUUCUGGAUGGCUGUAAUGGCUUAUGAUGUUUGGAGAACUUUAAAAAUGGCUACAACUGAGCUGAGAGUUUCUAGUGGAAAGCAAAUUGUGAGGUUCAUAGUAUAUACUUUCUUUACGUGGGUCACACCAUUAUUUAUCGUAAUUUUGCUUGCUUUUGCUGAAUAUACGGAUGUAGUUCCAUUAUUGUAUAGACCUGGCUUCGCUAAACCUCGAUGUUGGUUUAAACGUAAACGCGCACUUUUGGUCUUUUUCGCCACACCUCUUAUAGCUAUCAUGCUUAUCAAUAUUUUGCUAUUUAUCUCUAGUGCCAGAAUGAUUCUUAUGACCACACAAAGUAGCAUUAAACAACAGAAUCAGUCACAAAGACGUAAUUUCAAGCUUUACUUGCGGUUAGCUCUUCUCAUGGGGUUGACCUGGGUUGUUGGCCUCGUAGCAGGCUAUGCAGAUAUUUCAUUUCUCUGGUACCUCUUCGUCAUCCUCAAUACUUUACAAGGACUGUUUAUCUUUAUAGCAUUCUCCUGUUCUACGAAAGUAUUGAACUAUAUUAAAGAAAAAUUUAAGAUGCAAUCAGAACCUAGGGAAUACAAGUCAUCAAGCCAUUCUGCUUCAACAGGAUCUGGAUGUCAUACCAAUAGUACAAAUCUGCAUUCUAAUAUUUCUAAGAAAUUUUCUCCUAAGCUGCUGAUAAAUAAAGAUUCUGCAUCUCCUACUAGUUCUUCAGCUUCGCUGAGUUCAAGACACAUCAAAUCUAAUUCAUGCUUUUAGAUUUAGAGACUUCUAAAGUGCCGUUUUCAAAAGUGUUAAAGUGACUGCACAUACUUUUAUUUGAUAAAGAUUAAGUCUGAACGAAGAAUUGGCGUAAAUAUUUUGUACGCCAAAGCAAACGUUUAGAGCUCAUUUUUCGUCUGCUAUAAAGUGGAAUGUUUUAUUAUUAUCACUAGCUGAUUUUUCUAUUUCCAAAUACUUAGAUUAGAAAUUUACUUGGCUCCAAACGAGUCCAAACUGAUGUGAUAUGUAAGUACAGUUCUUUCAUGGAUCUGAUUUCAGGAAAUAUUAGCCUUGACAUUUUUUUGAAAUGGCGAUUGAUAGUUUAUGCUGAUAGUUAAGGAAAAAAUAAAGUAUUACUCAGGAGAUGAAAUCCAUUAUAAUGAGAAUAUUUGAUACUGUAUUUCAUAUUCGUAUAUUUUUACUUAAUUUUUAUGUUGAAGUACAGUAAUGUAAAUAGGUUUUCGCUAGACGUUUUUGGUCUAACCUGUUUCUUACACGAAAGCGAAUUGCUGUAAUAUAACAAAUCUAGUCUAUGUAGUAUUUACUGAUAAGUUUGUAACUUUUAAUAGUGUAGUAAUUAAGCACUGUGUUAAUACUGUGAUUUUUUUUCCCUCUUCUAUUUUUGCAAGAAUCAUGACUUUUUCCAAUAUCAGAAGGAAUCUUUUAAGGAAUUUUAUUUGAUGUGUGCAUGUAUGUAAUGUGAAGUAACAUUUUAAUGACUAUUAUAUCUAAAAUAUUUUAGAUCUGUAACACAUGUUGUAUAAAAUAUUAUAUCUUUAUAAAUGUGAAAUAUACAAUAAAAGAAUUUGAUAAAAAA